UUCUUAUAAUAAACGACUUACGAGGGUACGCUUACGGUUUUAAACAUAAUAAUAAAUUGUUCUUUGAUUGGAAGUUUAUUGUUUAACAUCGUAUUAAGAUGAGCUCGAAAGAAGUGACAGCAGUUCCUGAAAAAAAGAAAAAAGAGAGUAUCUUAGAUUUAACUAGGUACUUGGAAAAAGCUAUAAGAGUGAAGUUCUCGGGUGGUCGAGAAGUAUCUGGCAUUCUUAAAGGCUUUGACCCAUUAGUAAACCUAGUCUUGGAUAACACUCUUGAAUAUUUACGUGAUCCCGAUGAACCUAUGAAACUUACAGAAGACACCAGAACAUUGGGUUUAGUGGUUUGUCGAGGAACAUCAAUUGUAUUGAUUUGCCCAGUAGAUGGCAUGGAGGCUAUUGCUAAUCCAUUUGUACAACAAGAAUAAAUUUGAUUCUCAACUAUUUACUACGUUUUAUGACUUUUUAAAUUUGUCAUUUAUCUAUCAUUUUGAGUGUAAAAAGAAUUACAUUUUGCAUAGCAUAAAUUAAUAAAAUAUGCUUGAUCAUUGAA